GCAUUGCGACAUCGUAUUUUUAUUGCAGUCAAUCUAUGCUGAACGCUGUUAACUUUUGAAAGUAUAUUUUUACCGAAAAUUCCAUUUAAUAAAUGUUAUUGAUUUUCAUUAGCUGCAAUAAGAAAUGUUUUAGAUGAUAUAGGUUUUAAAAAUUUAAAUAUUAAUUCAACGUAGCGAGGAGUAGGGGGCGAUAAAAAGCUAUCAUGUAGCCGGGUGUACCACUAUUAGAUGCUAACGAUAGUGGUGUUGGUCGUGUUUCGUGAGGGUUAUUCACGUUCACGCAGCUGAACAAAAUUACAAGUGAAUUUUUUCAGUAAUUAUAUGGUUCGUCGUAUUUAGCUAGACACUAUCCAGCAACUCCAUGACCUCUGACUUUGGUGACAACAGAGAAGUGACUGUGGAGUUGAACAACACUGCUAAACCUGAUGAUCCCAGCCUAAACCCUCAUGCAGAAAUAUUUUCUAGCAAAACAUUAGAAACCAACUCUGUGAAUUCCUCUACAGCCCAAGGAUUUGGUAAUGGAAAUUGUGAAGAGAGGAAAUCUUCCAGCCAUUAUCAAGAUGCAGGAUUUUCUGUAAAUCAGAAAAAUGAACUAGUUGAAAGCUGUAUUCAUCAGCACUCCGACAAUAUGAACAGCACAUCAUCUAUUACUAACACACUAAGUGUCAGCAAGAUGAAUCAUCACCAUCUUAAUUCAGAGCAGACAUUUGAAACAACAUAUACUUCUGACUUUCAGUCAGGAGAAGGUACCCCAGAUUUGACAGAACUGAAGGCUAUGCUACAAAGACAGUUAGAAUACUACUUCUCAAGGGAGAAUUUGUCUCAUGAUACCUUCCUUGUUUCUCAAAUGGAUGGUGACCAGUAUGUCCCAAUUAUUACAGUUGCCAACUUUAACCAAGUGAGACGUCUUACUAAGGAUUUGAAACUUAUUGUGGAAGUGCUGAGAGAAUCACCAAAUGUAGAAGUUGAUGAAGCUGGAGAGAAGGUUCGUCCAAACUGUAAGUGCUGUGUCUUGAUUCUUCGAGAAAUUCCAGAAACAACAGCUGUCAAGGAUAUUGAAGCUUUAUUCAGUGGAGAAGAGUGUCCAAAGUCUGCCAAGUGUGAGUUUGCCCACAAUGACACCUGGUAUGUGACUUUUGAAUCUGAUGAAGAUGUGCAGAAGGCAUAUCGCUAUCUCCGGGAGGAAGUUCGCACUUUUCAAGGGAAACCAAUAAUGGCACGAAUUAAAGUCAAACCUGUCACACGGGCACCCUUCAUCCCACACUAUAAAAAUGGCUUGAGGUACCAGGGUCCAAUGGUUUCUCCAGUCAAUGGUCAGCAAGAUCCCAGUCCUCCUGUUCAGCAGCAGCAAUGGACAGAACAAGCCCAGCAUGGUUUAUCUUAUGCUAAUGAACCUUCAGUUUCAUACAGCAACCAACAAGUCUUCCCUCCAUUCUACCCACCUACCAUGCUUCAAGCUUGUGCUCCUGCAACUCCAUCGGCUUUUGAAUUUGGCACAAUUUUUGUGAUGAAUGGAUUACCUCCUCAAGCAGUUUUUAAGUCACUAAAUGGAACUGGCCGACAUGGGCUUCAUGUUUCAUCAGCAAGGACUCAUAAACCUUAUGUGUAUCGGAAUCAACAAAAACACAACUCUUUAGGCUUAGAACAAAAAGAAACCAUGCCAUUUGUGCCAAGCCCCCCACAUGGGGCUGCACCCAUUUUGAAUCGUGGGAUCAGUGGAUUUGGCUAUCUACCAUAUCCAUAUGCCAAUCCAUAUAGCCUAGGAAUGGACAUGCAAGAUUUCUUUCCCUAUUCAAAGAGAUACUCACAUCAAUACAAGCAAGGACAAGGGAACUCACAUUCUUCGAGCCAUGGUCCAAAGUCGGCUUUCACAUCUUUGAGUGGAACCAAAGAAUCCACAGAUAAUAAAUUACCAAAUCAAACAAAGUCUGCAAAUGAAUUCCAAGGAAGAGAUUCAUCAAAGCAGCAAAGAAUCCAUCCUAGGAAGAAAAAGAAAGAUGAUGGCAAUACAAAAGUUGAAAUAGGAAAUAGCAUGAAAGAUUCUGACAGUAAAGAUACCAAGUUUGAUCUGGAACCUGCUUCAUUUCCCCCUCUCCCAGGCUCCCAAGGUGUUGGUGCAUCAGAUUCUGACAUGUUUGAGAAUCGUCUCUCGGAUGUUGUCAAAGGUACAUCAAAACCUUCUGGAAAUGAUACUGUAUCCCAGGUUGAGGGAACUUCUGAUAAUUUAUUUUCAGCAGUAAAUGACAAUCACAUUCUGGCAAAUGGAGAUCAUAUUAGCCAAGCCUUACUAACUCCACCAGACUCUCCUGUUAUGGAUAAAAGGGUUCUUAAACAUAAUAACUCUGCUGAAGGUACAUGUUCCUCUCAUAUUGAACCAGAACAGUUAACUUCAGAAUCAGUUAGCGCUGGACCUGAAACGAAAACUAAACCUCAGCCUGUGACUGCUCACAAUAGUGUUAGUACAAGCAGGAUGGGUGAUGUAAUAUCGACAACUGGGAGUGUUACAACCACAAUAAACACUGGCCAUGCUGUUGUACCAACCCAUGUUGGAAGCCUUACUGGCUCAUCUCCAACCACUUGUUCCUCUUUACCACUUUCUGCUGUUCUCACAACUACACAGUUAUGUCCAGUUUCCAAAAAUUCACAAACUGAUAGUGGAAGCUUUCUGGUUAAUGGAAACAUUGAAACAAUGAGCACGAUUUGCUCCGAAGAUAAGGGACGAAAGCUCACUUACUCAGAAGUGGCACAACGAGCAAAAGAAUCUGUGGAAAAACUAGCAUCAGAGCUUAAAGAAAAAGAGCGACAAGAGGCAGUGGCUAGACAACAGCGUCAUAUGGAAUGUCCUCCGAAUAAGCACCAUGCCACUGUCCAAAAGACACUCCCUAGAGACUAUUCUAAACAGAAGGCUACUGAACAGCCAUGCAACUUUAAAGAUAACGAACGCAAAACUCGAAAUGGAUCAGGACCCUUGCAUCGAACUUCUCCAAGAUCACCUCGUGAGGAAAAUAAAGAAGAACACACUUCCUCUGGUAGCAAAAUAGGCAAGUAAAAAAUAUGAAAUAGGACAGCUAUUGAAGAAUUCAAGAUUAGUGGCUGUACAUGUUUGUUGAUACGAAACAUGUGCUUAAAGUAUGUUUCUCAGCCUUAGCAAUGAAUUAUAUAUAUAUAUGUGUGUGUGUGCGUGUGUACUUUCAGUACUGUUGAAAGAAACAACCUGCGAUGUGAUCAGCACUGAAACCAAAAACAAAAAAAAAAGUAUUUAUGCAUCAAGAUACUGUUUUAUGAAAUAAUGUGUUUGCCAAUCAAGCAUACUUUCUGUUUAUUGCCACAUAAGGUUUACUUACUCUUUGUUGUUUGAUUGAAGCUGGCUCGUAUUUUUUAUUUUUUGGAGUCAAAUAUUUUUUGUGUGUAAAUAAAAUUAAAAUGUAUUGAGUACAAGAUCAUUAUGAAACUAAAAAAUGGUGCUUAGUAACAAAGUGGUACUAUAGCUGCUUUUUCCUUCUUGUCCAUACAGUUACUGCGUCAUUUUCUGUGUUGUUUUUUUUUUCCUGAAUGUCACUUGUGCAAUGUUUUUGUAUGGGUGUGUUCGUUUCUUCAUAUUUCAUGCAGAUUGCUAUCUAAAUGGAUUUUUUUUUCUUUGUCAAAAUUCAUAAUGUCUGUGUUUUACCAGCAGUUUCUUUCUGAUGUGUCUUAUUACAUAAGAGAAAGAUGGGAGGAAAUGAUAUGGAGAUUGUUGAUAACUCUUUAUCUAUAGUCCGAUGCACUUAGGUUUUAUAAACUAAUUUCUAGAGGGCAUUUAAAUAGAACACUGUACUGCUUUCUGACCUGCUUAUUUCACCCAUGAGGCAAAUAGAAAGAGGAUGUUUUCAUAACAGCCACUUGUUAUAAUUAAGGGUGAAAUGUUUAUUGUGAUAUCUCCCCUUAAAGCUUUUUAUAAUAACUGUUGAAUCUAUGUGGUGAUUGGCUAUUCUUUGAAUUUGUUACCACAGUUUCAGUUUUAAAAGCUUAUGUAUCAGAUCAUAACCAAUAGAAUUCAUCUUCACUGCUACCAAAUGUUAUAAACCUUAUAAAAAGUUUUGACAACUCACAAAAUCAUUGCCAUUGCUUCUAUUAUAUAGCCAUUUCUUAUCUUUUAAUAUAUUUUAGGUGAAUUUGGUAUAAGAAAAGCACAGGUUAUACUGAAUUUUAUUUAUUUUUGUGAAGUAACUUAGCUGUUCAUUAUUCCUCAAAUGUGAUUUUUUCUUGAUAAAAUCUUGGUCAGGCUGAUGUAAUUUGUUUUUCUUUUGUUAAGAUACUUAGAGGGAGAUGAUGAACUUUUUUUUUUUAUUGGACUUCAAUGAAUAACAUUAGAUUGGCAUUACUGGUCAUUUUAUUCAUGAUGUCUUAUGUGUAAAAAAUUUGUGUGAUUUGAAUAAAGAAAAUAUUCAAAUAA